GGGACGUUGGGGUAAAUUUGAAUUCAGGCGAGUUGACAGUUUGCUAGGGCGUUUCGUCGCUGUCGCAUCUGGGCCCAGGCGCUAGAAUGUCCUUUCCUAAGGCGCCCCUGAAAAGAUUCAAUGACCCUUCGGGUUGUGCUCCAUCUCCAGGUGCUUACGAUGUUAAAACUUCAGAAGCAACUAAAGGACCAGUGUCUUUUCAGAAAUCACAAAGAUUUAAAAACCAAAGAGAGUCUCAACAAAAUCUUAACAUUGACAAAGAUACAACCUUGCUUGCUUCAGCUAAAAAAGCAAAGACGUUGGUGUCAAAGAAGGAGUCUCAGAAGAAUGAUAAAGAUGUGAAGAGAUUAGAAAAAGAGAUUCGUGUUCUUUUGCAAGAGCGAGGGACUCAGGACAAACGGAUCCAGGACAUGGAGUCUGAGUUGGAGAAGACAGAAGCAAAGCUAAAUGCAGCGGUCAGAGAGAAAACAUCUCUGUCUGCCAGUAAUGCUUCACUGGAAAAGCGGCUUACUGAGCUGACCAGAGCCAACGAGCUCCUAAAGUCUAAGUUUUCUGAAGAUGCUCACCAAAAGAAUCUGAGAACUCUAAGCCUGGAAUUGAUGAAACUGAGAAAUAAGAGAGAGACAAAGAUGAGGAGCAUGAUGGCUAAACAGGAAGGCAUGGAGCUGAAGCUGCAGGCCACUCAGAAGGACCUCAUUGAGUCUAAGGGGAAAAUAGUACAGCUGGAGGGAAAACUUGUUUCAAUAGAGAAAGAAAAGAUCGAUGAAAAAUCUGAAACAGAAAAACUCUUAGAAUACAUAGAAGAAAUUAGCUGUGCAUCUGAUCAAGUGGAAAAAUACAAACUAGAUAUUGCCCGGUUAGAAGACGAUUUGAAAGAGAAGGAUCGUGAGAUUUUAUGCCUUAAGCAAUCUCUUGAGGAAAAGGUUUCCUUUUCUAAGCAAAUAGAAGACCUGACUGUUAAAUGUCAGCUGCUUGAAGCAGAAAGAGAUGAUCUCGUCAGCAAGGACAGAGAAAGGGCUGAAAGCCUCAGUGCUGAGAUGCAGGUUCUAACAGAGAAGCUGCUUCUAGAAAGGCAAGAAUAUGAAAAGCUGCAACAAAAUGAAUUGCAAAGCCAGUCACUUCUGCAGCAAGAGAAGGAACUGUCUGCUCAUCUUCAGCAGCAGCUCUGCUCAUUUCAAGAGGAAAUGACCUCCGAGAGGAAUGUCUUUAAAGAACAGUUGAAGCUUGCCCUGGAUGAGCUGGAUGCUGUCCAGCAGAAGGAGGAGCAGAGUGAAAAGCUGGUUAAACAGCUAGAAGAGGAAACGAAGUCAACUGCGGAACAGCUGAGGCGGCUGGAUGACCUGCUGAGAGAGAAAGAAAUUGAACUGGAGAAAAGAACCGCUGCACACGCCCAGGCCACUGCGAUUGCGCAAGAGAAGUACAGUGAUACGGCCCAGACUCUGAGAGAUGUUACUGCUCAGUUAGAAAGCUAUAAAUCAGCAACACUUAAAGAAAUAGAAGAUCUUAAACUGGAGAAUUUGACUCUACAAGAAAAAGUAGCCAUGGCUGAAAAAAGGGUAGAAGAUGUUCAACAACAAAUAUUAACAGCUGAGAGCACAAAUCAGGAAUAUGCAAAGGUGGUUCAAGAUUUGCAGAACAGCUCAACAUUGAAAGAAGCAGAAAUUAAAGAAAUCACAUCUUCAUCUCUUGAGAAAAUAACUGAUUUGCAAAAUCAACUCAGACAACAAAAUGAAGACUUUAGGAAGCAGCUGGAAGAGGAAGGGGCAAAAAUGACAGAGAAAGAAACUGCAGUGACAGAAUUAACCAUGGAAAUUAAUAAAUGGCGUCUCCUAUAUGAAGAACUGUAUGACAAAACUAAACCUUUUCAGCAACAACUGGAUGCCUUCGAAGCAGAGAAGCAGGCACUGCUGAAUGAGCACGGUGCAACUCAGGAGCAGCUGAGUAAAAUCAGAGACUCCUACGCACAGCUGCUGGGUCACCAGAAUCUGAAGCAAAAAAUCAAACAUGUCGUGAAAUUGAAAGAUGAAAACAGCCAGCUCAAAUCGGAGGUGUCAAAACUCCGAUCUCAGCUUGCUAAAAGGAAACAAAAUGAGCUCAGACUUCAGGGAGAAUUAGAUAAAGCUCUGGGCAUCAGGCACUUUGACCCUUCUAAGGCUUUUUGCCAUGAAUCUAAGGAGAAUUUGACUCUCAAGACUCCAUUAAAAGAAGCUUGA